CCAUGGCCGAGUUGCUACGAUUGUGUAAAGAGGUCUAUCUCGAAGCUUUGUCGGAGGAGGCCGAGUUAUUACGAUUGUAUCGAGUUGUUCCCCUUCGCAUAAUUGUUUUCUGUGUCAGUCAACUUUCGGUUUAUUGGAAAGACUUUUCUGCAACAACAUGAUAGAGCUAGCUGAUAUACAAUGCCAGUGUUAUGAACUGGAUGAGAAACUGGCGACAAGUUUGGACCAAGCAGAGGAGGAGAUCAGAAAACAUCUCAGUCUUGUGGAGAGUAAACUAAAGUAUACAGUGCCACAGUUUCCCAAAGAUGCAGAAUGGCUGAACACCUCAGGACCUCUUUCUCUGGAGCAGCAUCUAAGAGGGAAGAUAGCUGUUCUGGAUUUCUUCACCUACUGCUGUGUAAACUGCAUGCACAUUCUUCCAGACUUAGAAGCCCUAGAAGAGAAAUACCCGAUCAAGGAUGGUGUAGCGGUAGUUGGAGUUCAUUCUGCGAAAUUUGAGAAUGAAAAAGUUACAUCUAACAUACUAAGCGCUGUUUUGCGCUAUAACAUUCAUCACCCAGUAAUCAACGACAAGACAGGUGCAUUAUGGGGUCAGUUACAGAUUGCCUGUUGGCCCACCCUUGUUAUUGUCGGGCCCCAGGGUCAGUUCCUUUACCAGAUUGUGGGGGAGGGGCACAGGGAGAGGUUGAUGCAGUUUGUUAAUGUUGCUAAAGAGUUUUAUCAAGCCAGGGGCGAACUUUCUGACCACAACCUUCCGUUAGAUGUUGUGCUACCUCCUGAUUCACCACUUAGCUUUCCUGGAAAGGUGUGUGUGAGUGAAGAUGGCCGACACAUAGCCAUAUCUGACACUGGACACCAUCGAAUACUGGUGACUGACUCAGCAGGAAUUGUCAAGCAUGUGAUAGGCAGUUCCAGCCGAGGGUUUACAGAUGGAUCUUUCUCAGAGACAACAUUUGCCUCACCCCAAGGCCUUGUGUUUCACGGGAAUGACCUGUACAUAGCGGAUACCAAUAACCAUGCCAUCAGAAAGGCCGCCUUGGAAACACAGGAAGUGGUGACAGUUGCAGGUACUGGUUCUCAGGGUUCAGACAAGAUAGGAGGGGAAACUGGCCUCAAACAGGAAAUAGCCUCUCCAUGGGACCUAGAAUUGGUAGAUGGACUUGGAGGUGAAAAGGAUGCCCUUUUGAUGAUGGCCAUGGCUGGGAACCACCAGAUGUGGACAUACUUUCUGGCAGAUGCCACCUGGCUCAAAAACACGCACCAUCCAGCAGGGACUUGCCUUAGGUUCAGUGGGAGCGGGCUAGAGGAAAAUCGUAACAACAGCUACCCGGAAAAGGCGGGAUUUGCUCAACCAUCAGGGCUGACAGUUUCUAGGAAAAAUGCCUGCCUUUUUGUUGCAGACAGCGAGAGUUCAAGUAUCCGGCGCGUACAGUUGAAAGAUGGCUCUGUAAAAAAUGUGGUUGGAGGAGAUAUUGACCCAAAUAACCUGUUUGCCUACGGAGAUACUGACGGGGUUGGGACAAAGGCGGGACUUCAGCACCCCCUGGGUGUUGCCAUGGCAACUGAUGAUGGGCCACUGUAUGUUGCUGACUCAUAUAACCACAAGAUAAAGGUUGUUGACAUUGCAAAAAGGAACUGUAGCACACUUAUCGGCUCUGGGAAACCGGGAAAUGCCAAGGGAGCUAACCUGUUACAGUGGGAGCUUAAUGAACCAGGGGGAGUAACUUGUGAUGUAAAAAACAAGCGUCUGUACAUCGCCGACACAAACAACUGUGAUAUUAAAGUCUUGGAUCUGAAGAAUGAAACAUUGCUUAGUAUUAUAUCAACAAUAAAAACAACUUUCCAUAGACAUCCAAUUGGCAAGGGAGACAAACUGCUACCGAUUCUUUUCACAAGUGAAUCCCAAAAAUCAAGUGAGGUGAGAAUCCUUUGUACCAAACCUGUUACCAUGUCAACAAAAGAAGGAAUUCCUGUUACCUUGGAUAUCAGUCUAGCGGAGGGAGUCCAUUUGAACGAGGAGGCACCUAAUUCAUGGACAAUUUACUUUGAAGAUGAGAGUCUACAAAAGGAGCUCGCCAUUUGUGGAACCACUAUGACAGGGGAGUUAACUCAAGCUCUUCAACAAACUUUGCUCCAGUUACCAGCACAAAUUGUUUCCAUUGGUGGUGAAUUGUGCUUAAAAUUAGAUCUGUAUAUUUGUGAUGAUGCUGGCAUGUGUAAAAUGGCCAAAGAAGUUUUAAAACAGAAGCUCAAUAGUUCUGAAAUGAAGUUCCACUUAAGUUUAUCCUAGUGUUGAUUUCUACUACUAUUUGUAGCUGCAAAAGUGAAAUUGGUAUUUUAAUUAACCACUCUGCAUUUGUUGAUCAAGGACAUGGCUAUUGAAACGGUCCACGGUAUUGAAAAUUUAUUAAAAGUUGAAGUUGAGUUAAAAAUUUAAACUUUCACAAAUUCUGGCAUAAAUAGCUUUCAUUGUGUGUGUGUUUAUGUCCUUUUAAAUUAACACAUACUUACAUGAUGAAGCAUACAAAAAGUAGUUCACACAUACACAUACAUUUACCUACAUGAUGUAGCAUACAAAAAGUAGUUCACACAUACACAUACAUUUACCUACAUGAUGUAGCAUACAAAAAGUAGUUUACACAUACACAUGCCUACAUGAUGUAGCAUACAAAAAGUAGUUCACACAUACACAUACAUUUACCUACAUGAUGUAGCAUACAAAAAGUAGUUUACACAUACACAUGCCUACAUGAUGUAGCAUACAAAAAGUAGUUCACUCAUACCUACAUGAUGUAGCAUACAAAAAGUAGUUUGUACAUCCACAUACCUACAUGAUGUAGCAUACAAAAUGUAGAUCACACAUACAUUUACAUGGAUGAUGACUUACAAAAUGUAGUUCACACAUUCACAUACCUGGAUGACGUAGCAUGCAAAAAGUAGUUCACAGAUACAUAUACCUGGAUAAUGUAGCAUACAAAAAGUAGUUCACACUAGCACUUACCUGGAUGAUGUAGUUUACAAAAAGUAGUACACAUACACAUACGCAUUUGCACCUACAUGUACUCUAUUAUACUAUUUGUUUACCAAGGCUGAAUGUCCAAGGUCUUUAAGUACAUUACACGUACCCACAUAUAUCUUAUUGCUUACUUACAUUUUGAAUGCAAUUCUAUUUAAUGGAGUUCUAUGUAAUUGACAUACACAUGUUUGAUAAAACUUUCAACUACCUUGUUGUCAUGUCUGUAUUAAAUUUCUGAUGCGAAAUCUUUUUCUUUUAAGGGAACAGAUUUCUGUUUAAGCUAUAAAUGGAGGAUGUACAGAGUUUAUUAAACAAGAUUUCCACAAUUGAUAGAAAUGAGCCUUGUGUGUUUUUAUAUGGUCAGUCAGGGUAAUAAUUAUUGAGGAGAAAGAUGGUUGCUUCUGUGUUUAAAGGUCAUUAAAAGUUAAAAAAAAAACUAUUCAUUUUGUUAAUGUUUUUUUUAAAUGUGAUUGACAAUGCUUGAAUGGGUCCAAAGGUACCUUGGAGUAUCCAUUUCUCUAGACAUGUUCUGGUCAAAACAUAUGAGCAACACCAUUAAGGCAAACUCUACCAAGUCCUGUAUCAGAAGAAUAAUCGCGUCAUGUCCACCCAAAGCCAAGGUAAAUGCGUACCGCCUAUAUGUACGUCCAACCUAGUAUGCGUGGAAAGUCUGGUCCCCACAUGCAGACUGCCUCAUUAAUCAACUUCUAAUGGUUUAACGUAGGGCAACCCGCUUUUUCAAGAACUAGUAUAUGGAGGCUAUUCGUUGCCAAAAGUCCAAACGUGUAAUUCACACAAUGUGCUUCUUAAUCGUACUAAAUAUCUCUUACAUUUGUCAAUGUAGAUGUGCUAUUUGUUGUUUCUAUUCGUCAGUUUUUCCGUAUUGAUUUGUCAUUUAUCAUUAUAGUUGUCAAAAUGUAUAUUUGUCAGAUCUACCCUGUAUAAACUCACUAAAACAUAGAUCGUAUAACUUGCCUUAAAGAAUAUGAUGAUGUAAUUUAGAAAGCCGAAUCAUGCAUAUGUAAAACUGUAAUCCUACAGUCGACACUCGCAUUCGUAAAAUGAACAUUUGCAGUCCAACAAGUCCAGGUUUACAAAAGUGAAUUGACAAGUUCUGAAUAACAAGGAUAGACGAUUUCGCCUAUACCUUAAUAUAUGGUAAAUGUCACCGAAAAAAACAAAGGUGAAUG